AAAGAAUCUUAAUUUUGGGGCCUACAUUUUAGUCCGUAGAAAUUUAUAUUUUAUUUUAUAAAAGAAGACGUCCGUGGAAAUUGAAUCAAAAUGAUUGAGGGGGCAAGGAAAUCACAUUGUGUAAUGUUUUGAAUAACAUCUCCGGAGAGUCGCAUUGAGAGAUGGACAGAAAAAGCAAACGCAAGGCCGUGUUGCCAGAAAGUGAUACCGGUUUCGAUUAUUCUCCGGUUGGUCUGAGCAUUUUGGUCGUGGAUCAUGAUCAGAAAAGCCUCCAAGAAGUUGUAACAAAUCUUCGGAAAUGUAAGCACCAAUACAAAGUUACAGAAUGCAAUCAAGUGGAGGAAGCUUUGACUCUACUUAGGAAGGACAUAAGCAUAUUUGAUAUUAUAAUAACUGAACAACGCCUGCUUGGUAUAAGUGAAUUUGAGCUUCUUCGAAUUGGUAGAGAGAAGGGCUUGCCUGUAGUGGUAACAUCGGAGGAUGAUGGAGUUGACACUAUUCAGAGGAGUUUAGACUAUGGAGCUUGUGCCUAUCUGGAGAAGCCCAUCCCAAUGCGUGAUCUCAACAUGGUGUGGACACACGUGUAUUCCAGCAGAAAAAAUAAGUUGGCUCAAGUGCAGAAGCCGGCAAAUGAUAUGUCCAAAGCGAAAAAAUGUCGAAUUUCUUGGAAAAUGGACAUUCAAGAAAAGUUUGUAGAAAGUGUGCAAGAAAUGGGCAUUGAUAAAACACCGUUUAAAACUUCAAAAACAAGCUCGUCCAUUACAUAUGGAAGGGUACAAAGACAAAGAUGGUACUAGUUCAGGGCAUGUUGAAUCUAGAUAUGAAAUGAAGCAUCCACCAAUGACUCUGCUCAAUGGAUUUCUGAACACCUCGGAUCCAAAUCAGCUAGAUAUACCCUCACAGCAGCAACGAGCUCCAGCAGCAAUAAAGAACACUCAUGGCUUUCAAAAUUUACCAUUGCCUGUUGAAGCCAACUUCUGUACCAUUGAAGGUAGUACUAUUUGUGCAAACCAAAACUUCACAUUGAUGACUCAGAUGGCUCAAGCACCGUUAAGUGAGCAGAUAUGCAAUCAACUCACGGGAUGUCAGCCUUUUAUCUACCACUUACCCAAUGAUGUACCAGCGAAUGUACUUGUCAAUGAGGUUGGAUUGCCCAACUUUGAUACUCUUCAGGGGGGAAUUUCUGGAGAUCCUGGUCUCUUCUCCAAUUAUACUCAUCUUCCCAGUUCUUCUGAAGAUUUUGGUAUUGAUUAUAAUUAUAUCCCCUUCGACUAUUGAACUUACAGAUCCUACUGGAAUGAGAGCUGCCCGGUUGGAAUAUUUGAACAUUUUACUGGGGAAGAUAUAGUUCAUGAUCAUUCUGAAGACCUCUUCUUUGAUGAUGAUACUGGUUCGUAAGAUGAUUCCAUUCAUGGUUGCUACUUGCUGCCAGCCACUGGAUUAUCUGAAGCCAAAGUCUCAGUCUGGUGAGGUCAUCCCAAAUUCCAAGGAAAAUGCUUCUCUGUUGAAUACUCUCAGAAGAAGAAGACAAAGAAGACAAGGAAUGAUGAUCAAAGCAAAGAAGAAAGAAGUAGUCGUGUUAAGUUUAAUAAAGCUACUGUUGUUUUGGUACUAGCAUCAUAGCAUGGUAAAGAUAAAAUGAGA